AUGGGAUCAUCAAAGCACGGAUUUUCUCAUGUGUUUCUGAUAAUCGCCACUAUCCUACAGAUUCUAAGUGUUUGUCAAGCGUACCAGUUCUUUGUUGGUGGAAAAGAUGGUUGGGUUUCGAACCCUUCCGAGAAUUUCAAUCACUGGGCUGAGAGAAACAGAUUUCGAGUCAAUGACACCCUCUUUUUCAAGUACAAACAAGGGACAGACUCAGUUUUGGUCGUAAAGCCAGACGAUUACAACACAUGCAACACGGCCACGCCGUUACUGUCCUUGGCAGACGGCGGUUCGGUGUUCACGUUCGACCGGUCCGGUCCGUUUUUCUUCAUAAGCGGUAACGCCCAGAACUGCCAGAAGGGUCAGAAACUUAUCGUUGUGGUUAUGGCUGUCAGAAACAAUAAGCCACAACCCGCUGCGUCAGCUCCAGCUCCUGCCUCAUCAUCAUCAUCAGUAGUGCCCCAGCCGCCCACUGCUGCUCCGCCAUCUGGGGCUCAGAGCCCCGGAGGGGAGUCGCCGAGUGUCGACCCGUCGAAGUUGGAUGCUCCGGCACCAGCUCCGAAUGCGAGUUCGGGUUAUUCGGGUGGUUUGUUUGGGUUGGUUGUGUAUGCUGGCUUGGGAAUGAGUUUGAGUUUUGUUUUGGGUUAUUAG